CGUGGUUUCUUUACACAGAAGAUGGAUCCCAUUAGGUGAACCACUUUACUCAUAACAUACGAAGACACAGAGCUAAGAGACAUGCUUCUCUUCCUUUGCGUUGUCGUUUUCCCUCUAACAUCGGCCAUUCAGAAAACAAGGAACUCCAUGUUUGGCCACUCGCUCCUUGCAUCUCCCUACGACGAGACGGGUGUUGGAGAGCUUUGGGAAUGCUACAAACUCUGCUAUGACGACAAAGAAAACUGCGCCAGCAUCAAUUACGACAUGAAAAAAAGGAGAUGCAAACGUAUGAAGUUUUCACACAUAAACCUGCCUCGCAAACUCUUGAAAAUGGACAACUCUGUUUACGCGGAUAUAAGAGAUGGUUGUGCCAACAAACCCCAUCCUCUGGGGAUGGAAGAUGGCAGUAUUCCAGACUCAAGUAUCACGGCUUCAUCAACUUGGCACACCCCUGGGCACGGUUCUCACCACGCGCGCCUAAAUAACCAACCUGUGGCAGGACAACACAUAGGCGCGUGGGCAGCCGCGGGAGGCAACAAAGGCGAAUAUCUACAGGUGGACCUGGGCCGAGUCACGUGGGUUACCCAUGUAGCAACGCAGGGGCGCCCAACCUCUAACAGCCAAUGGGUGACCGAGUACACUGUGGAGUACAGUCUGAGGGGAGAUCAGUGGCAGAGUUACCAAGACGAUGUGGAGUACAGUCUGAGGGGAGAUCAGUGGCAGAGUUAUCAAGACCAGGAUGGCUUGAUUAAGGUGUUCCCUGGAAACUCCAAUAAGACCACUGUGGUGAUGUACGAGUUCUCCCCUGUCAUCAAAGCGCGUUACGUCAGGAUUGUAGCACAGGCUUGGAUAGGAAAUACCUGCAUAAGAGCUGAACUGUACGGAUAUGCUGUCUGUUAG